AGACAAAUCCCCCCUGUUUCAGUAGAGACAAAUCCCCCCUGUUUCAGUACAGACAAAUCCCUCCUGUUUCAGUAGAGACAAAUCCCUCCUGUUUCAGUACAGACAAAUCCCCCCUGUUUCAGUAGAGACAAAUCCCCCCUGUUUCAGUAGAGACAAAUCCCUCCUGUUUCAGUACAGACAAAUCCCUCCUGUUUCAGUACAGCUCAUCAUGUCCAUGUCUCUGUCCUGCAGGCGUGAGGAUGUGUGGGCAUGGCUUUCAGGCUCCCUGUUGCCAAGGUUACUGGAUAGCACCACCCUAAUGCAGGAAACAGGAAGUGUGCUCCUGGGCACACCCAGACUACGACAGAUACGAGACGUUAGUCUGUUCUCUCCAGGUUCCAUCCAUGGGGCAGGAGCAGCAGGCUGGGGAGAGGGGUUGACUGCCUCAGCAGUACACAGGAAGCUGACCCAGAACUGGACCUUACACACAGCUGAUGACAACGGAGCGUGGCGUUGGGGUCAGGUGAUGGUGUACGGGAGCGGAGGUUUCGUCCAACAGCUGAACAGGAACAUAGAGGAGACCAGAACAUCACUACAGCACCUACAGCAGUUACACUGGAUGGACCACAUGACACGGGCUGUGUUUGUGGAGUUCUCUCUCUACAACACCAACACAGACCUUUUGGCCUUCUUCUCCUUCCUGUUUGAGUUCCCCGUCUCUGAGCACACUCAGUCCAGCCUCGACCUCUUGACCUUCCGCCUGCAGCCUAUCACAGGCCUCGACCUGCAGCUGCAGCUCACGGUAACCCCCGGUAGCCAAUCACAGAGUGGAUAUAGUAGAGGGGCGGGAGCAGUAUCUUGGAACUAACAAAUCAUAGUUUGG